UCGGCUUAGGCACAGGCCUGAAAAAAUUAAGCGGUUCUGUUCCCCUGCUCUUGAGGAGUAAAAAGAGAGAGAUAAAAAGAACUCGCUGUCGGUUUGAGGUUAUUAAAAAAGGCGUGUCCUCUGCGCUGUCCGAAAAAUGAAAAAUCUAAAUGUGCUGGACACGAUCCUAAAUCGUGCAAGAAAAUAUGAAGAAGAAGGACCAGCUCGAAAUUUUCACGUGCUCCUCCACCGGAUGGAUCCAACUAAUAGAAUCAACAAGAAUGUGAGGCUCGUCAUCAGAACCUGAAAUGAAGCAGAUCUAGAUCUAAAUCGAAAAUUGUGUUUCUGCGGCCGCAUGAACAAAGGUUCGUGAAAAAUUUCGAGCUUUUUAACACGAAGAGCAAGGAAGCGUUGCGGAAAAUAAGGUCGCAACUACAAACAUGUGAAGCAGAUUCUGCUAAAAUAAACCUAGUAUAAUUGUGAAGAUUCUUUCUCUCUCACCCAGAAAUCGAAAUUCUCACCCAAUUCUCCAUUCAACUCAAACCACAACCAAACCAGGGUCCGCUCCAGCUCAAUGUAAGCUUUUGUCUCGUAAAAGUUUCCAUCAGAAACUGGACGAAGUCAGCUCAUUCCGCCGAAAGGAAAAAAAAACAAACCGUCAAAAUGGAUCAGCAAAACCGUAAGUUCGAAGACAUCCAGAAGAUGUUGGUGUGCCGCACCCAUCUGGUAUCCACAGUAAAUUUCCCGUACACUCGUACAAAUGCUGUCCCUGCAUGACAAAACUCGACUCCGGAUUAUGGUUUAGCAUGACAAGUAUCAGGCUGCAAAUUGGUAAAUUCUGUGAUGCAUUUUGUACAAUGUACGGAAAAUUUGUAUUGCAUAGCUGGGAACACUGAACGUGGACCACCGCAUGAAGCGCUACGUCUUCCGCCGCACCCAGGACGGCAUCCACUUUAUGAGAGCCUCAGGUUGGAAAUCCUCAAAGUGGAAAUAAUUUGUAAUGCAAAAGAACGAAUCCAGUUGAAGUGCCAUUUCUAGUCGGCGCAUGACAAAUUUUCCGGGCACUCAAAGCAUGUCUGUCAUGCUAGACAGGCAAAGGGGUGCCCUUCUCUCGUGCUAAUCAGCAGCCCAAUUAUGAACCCCUAGCAGGACAAUAGUCGGUCUCCAUUGUGUCCUCUGCAAUGCACUCAUUUCUGCCUUGCAUUUCAUGCAUCACAAAUUAUUUCCACUUUGAGGAUUUCCAUUCUGAGGCUUUCAUACACUUGUUGGACCUGGGAAAAACCUGGGAGAAGGUGAUGGUGGCGGCCCGCGUCAUCGUCGCCAUCGAGAACCCCGAGGACAUCAUGGUCAUCUCCCAGCGUCCCUAUGGUAUAGGAUUUUAUUUGGGUUUUCUUUUUACUCGUAAUAAUACGCAUUACAGGAUUAUUUUUCGUAGCAGAAAUCGCAUGACAAGUUCGAAGAGUUUAAAGAGAAAAUGAAUUUGUGAUGCUAAACAAGGCAGGAAAAAGGACAUUUGUAAUGCCAAAUCGCAUAUAAUAAUACACAGGUUCCCGCGCGGUGUUGAAGUUCUCCCAGCACGUUGGCUCCGUUGCCCACCCCGGUCGCUGGACCCCGGGUACGCUGACGAACUACAUCACCAAAAAGUUCGCCGAGCCGCGUCUCCUGAUCGUCACCGAUCCGCGCACCGAUUCCCAGGCUGUCUUGGAGGCUUCCUAUGCCAACAUCCCGGUAUUUUGAUGCUAUAGAGAUUUUUUUUUGGAUUGGUUUGUUUUUCUUUCUCUGUGUAAGAAGAAGUAUUGCAUGACAGAGCGAGUGGCCGCUGAGUAGGGAAGAAUCUGUGCAAGAAGAGAAAUUUAGAAGUCGGUGUAGUUGUAUGCUGGUGCAUUUGUAUUGCUCGACAUCAGCGUGAGGAGGCGGACAAUAGCAGCGCACGCGUUAUGAUGAUUGGAUCACUUGGGACACCUUCUGAACCCCCGGGUCUACUUGUUGAAUCCGGGGGUAAUGUGAAAACUAUUGUGACCGCCCCAGUCUGAUCUUGUGACGCUGAUAAAUUCUCGCGAUCACAAUUUCAUGCGCGUGCUGUCAUCUGCAGAUUUAGAUAAUUCCUACUGCAAAUACUCUUGUUUCAAAGCAUGUCUCCUUAUCAUGAUGAUUGGAUCACUUGGGACACCUUCUGAACUAAGCUUUCGCAAGCAAGAAGUUUAGUAAUGUGAACAACUACGUGACCGCCCCAGUCUGACUCUUCUAAAAGCACAAUCUUUAUUCCAACUCGAUGUCAAAAAAGACGUGCUCGGUUAUUUCAUCAUGACAAGCGUGGGCAGCAGCUCUCCUCUGUCUUGGUCUUUGAGUUUGACUUCUCUUGCCGCGUGACUACAACAGUAGUACCUAGGCGAUCGCUACAACUUCCCGGUAUGUCAUACAGAGCUGCACUUCUGUGUCCAACACACAAUAUCAUCUUUCCGUCAAAAACAACAAAACGGAAACACUGACUCUCCGCUGGAAAGACACGCUUGUGACACUGACUCUCCGCUGGAAGUCAUCCUGACUGAACAGGAAAGACUGCUGAAACUGGAACAGGCCAGUUGGAACAUGUCCGGAACAGGCCAGUCAGCGAACAGGCCAGUCAGCGAACAGGCCAGUCAGCGAACAGGAAAGACUGCUCAUCCUGACUGAACAGGAAAGACUGUCUGUUCCAGUUCUCAUCAUGAAGUCACAGGAAAGACACUCUGUGUGGCGGAAGUCACAGUGACUGACUCACAGCCAUCAUCUGAAAAAGUGUUAACGUUAACGGUUUCCACAGAUGGCAGUCAUGCAUUACAAGUCUUGCCUUCCAUGCAUGCUACGCAAUACAAAUUUUAUAUCAUCUUUCCGUCAAAAAAAAACAACAGGUCAUCGCGCUGUGUGACACGGACUCCCCGCUGGAGCACAUCGACCUGGCCAUUCCGUGCAACAACAAGGGUAAGGAAUCCAUCGCCCUCAUCUUCUACCUCCUCGCCCGUGAGGUCUUGUACCUGCGUCGCGGCGCCCUGAACCGUGGACAGGAGUUAUGAAUUGCAAGAAUGUCUGAGUCUGGAAGAUUGCAACUUGUGAUGCUGUCUCUGGAUAAUUCCAAAAAAGUCUGUAUUGCAUGACCAGCAAAAGGAGUCCAGUUUGUGCUACGCGGAGAGGGCAUUUCUCAUGCGGAAUACGCACCAGAAAGCCAUCUCAAAAUCUGUGAUGCUAGGCCAUGCAUUACAGACGUAACGUGUCAUGCAGAAUAUGCAUGGGAAACCUGUCACUCUUCCAGACCCAGACAUAUUUGCACUUGAUAGGAGUGGGACGUUAUGGUGGACUCCUUCUUCUGGCGUGACCCGGAUGAGAUUGCCGAGAAGGAAGAGGAGACGACCAAGUGGUAUAGCUAGAAUUGCAUUACAAAUCUUUUUCGUAAGGUAGAUCCGCAUUACAAAUUUCAUAGCCGUUUGUAAUCUCGGUUUUGAGUCCUGUUAGCAUUCAAUCUGUCAUAUGUCCUGGUGCACGAGUUCUUCACACUGGUCUGAGUUGUCUUGUUUGUUUCUGUCAAGAACAAAUGCGUGAAGAUCAAGAUAAACAGUCGUCAACAUGAUCAAAACUACCCAAACUACAGGCAAGAGGAGACCGCCGCUCAGGGCCAAUUCGGUGACAACUUCCAGGCGCAGACUGGAGGAAACUGGGAUGACAACUGGGAAACCACCAACGCCAACCAGGAUGGUGACUGGGGUGCGACCAACACCGCCGAGGGCUGGUAAGCAAUUCUGUGCAUUUCAUAAUGCAAUACAGAAAUGAUGAACCAGUUCUCGUUCUUCCCACUGCGCAGUUUAGGGCAUUACUAGCUGUGUACCACGGAGAACGAAACUUUGUUUGCGGAUACUGAGAUUUAAGAGGACGUCUUCCAGGGGGCGUUCUGAAAGAUCACAUUAUCCAGAUGAAGUCUACACAUAUUUUUCAGAACUGAAAAACGGUUUUACGGAACAAUAUUACUACUACUUCUAAAGACACAAAAAAAAACUUGACGGUUUGAUUUUGAAAAUCAAGUACUUAUAAUGAUUUGCGUUUUGACGACGUCUCUGCACUAAAAACUUGCUGAUUCAGGUGCAGCUGACGCUCCGCAAAUUUGUAAUUUACAUGUACUUGAAAUAUUUUCUUUUCAUGAUCUUAAAGCUAUUACUCUAUUCAAAUUGUGCACUUCUAAAGUCGAUCAUCUACUACGUUUUUCUUCUCGACGGGCUACCAGUGAGAUUUGGUAGACAGGAAAACUGAACUGGAAUUGUGAUGCAAGGUCGCAUCAUCCGCUAAUGGUGAACCUUUGGACAGCACAUGGAUAGAUGAUUUAAGAUUUCGGCAGAGCUCGACACAGAAAAAAAAAUUUCCUCCGAAGCGAGGAGGCGCAGCACCAGCUCAGAAGGCAGAGCUUCUGACUGGUUGCUUGGGUUGCGCUUCGAAUCGCACUAGUCCGAC